AUGGAAGGCGCCAACGGAAUCGUUCAUUCGGGCCAAACACCCGAAGAGAUCGCGGAAGAGAAAUUGAAGGCGAAAUAUCCGAACAUUGGUGUGCAGAGUCAAUUGAUCUUACAGAAACGUCUUAAUAAAAACGUAAAAUACUUUGACUCUGGUGAUUACAAUAUGGCUAAGGCCCGCUGCAAUAAUUCUCAGAAAGCUGGUAUGCUGAAAGCCCAAACAGCAUCUGCGAUCCCGGAGCUUCCAGUUGACGUAAUCGCGGCUCAGCAGACUGGUGACACUAUUCCUACUCCUGAUAACGUUCCCGCCGUACGCAAGAAAGCUGUCGAGUUGCAACACGAGCUUCAGCACCAAGGACAGAGUGCCACUCCUGCAAUUGGGCUGACAACUGUAAACACGACGGCCGCUGCUUCAGUGGCUCCUCCUACUUCACCAUCUUCGCGUUCACCCACUGGGCCCGCGGCAGAAUCACACUUUGUCCAUCUCUCUUCAGCCUUGGACAAAUGA